AUGUCACCAAAUAAUUCGUUGAAUGUUGAAUUAUCAAAGAAAACAGUUUUGGGUUUGAAAAGAUGGGUUUUGAUUGGGAUAGGUGUUGGAGCAUUUAUUGUGGUGAUUCUUUGUAUAUUGUCUAUAUGGGUGAUGUUUCGGAGGAAGUCUAAGAGUAGGAGAUCUCUCGACAAGCCCCAAAUACCGAAUGUGUCAAAAGAUAUCAAUGUUGACAUUGUUGGGGUGCAGAAUUCUCAUGUUCAACAUGGAAACAUGUUUGUUCCUAAUGAUAGCAAUUUGGAGAAGAUAUCGGUUCGUAUGAGGACGGGUAAAUUCAGUGAUCCUGAUAGUGUCAGUCAAUGCAGCUCAGUUUAUCAUCACGAGAGAGGAUUAAGUUCACUGUCAUGGGAAGAAGGGAGCUCCGGGAAUUUUAAGAAGCGAUCUACAUUGUCAUAUGGAGGAGGGCCAACGACCACCUCUCCUUUGAUUGGCUUGCCGGAAUUUUCUCAUCUUGGGUGGGGUCAUUGGUUUACACUUAGAGAUCUUGAACAAGCAACUCAUUAUUUCUCGGCCGAGAACAUUCUCGGCGAGGGUGGAUAUGGAGUUGUUUACAAGGGCAGGCUGAUCAAUGGAACCGAUGUUGCCGUGAAGAAACUUCUUAACAACUUGGGACAAGCAGAGAGAGAAUUCCGGGUUGAAGUGGAGGCUAUAGGCCAUGUUAGACAUAAGCAUCUUGUGCGCCUACUUGGAUAUUGCGUAGAAGGAGUUCACAGGCUACUGGUGUAUGAAUAUGUGAACAACGGUAACUUAGAACAGUGGUUACAUGGCGACAAAUACCAACUCGGAACACUUACUUGGGAGGCGCGCGUGAAAGUUAUUCUCGGCACAGCCAAAGCGCUUGCUUACUUACAUGAAGCAAUAGAACCGAAAGUUAUUCACCGAGAUAUAAAGUCCAGCAAUAUAUUGAUCGACAAAGAGUUCAAUGCGAAAGUUUCCGAUUUUGGUUUGGCCAAACUCUUGGAAUCAGGAGAAAGUUACAUAACUACUCGAGUAAUGGGAACAUUUGGCUAUGUAGCACCAGAAUAUGCCAAUAGCGGUUUGUUAAACGAGAAGAGUGAUAUUUACAGCUUUGGUGUCCUCCUGCUUGAAGCCGUUACUGGAAGGGACCCUGUAGAUUAUUCGCGUCCUUCUGAUGAGGUUAAUCUUGUUGAGUGGCUCAAGAUGAUGGUGGGAGCAAGGAGAGCCGAGGAAGUUGUGGACUCGAGACUCGAAGUUAAACCAUCUGCACGCGCUUUAAAGCGUUCUCUUCUGGUUGCUCUUAGAUGUAUUGAUCCUGAUGCAGAAAAAAGGCCCAAAAUGAGUCAUGUUGUAAGGAUGCUUGAAGCCGACGAAUAUCCAUAUCGAGAGGAUCGAAGAAAUAGAAAGAGCGCGACUACCACCAGCUUGGAAAUUGAAACAGUCAAUGAUAUUUCCGGUCCAUCUGAUGCUGAAAAGGCUGUACAUUCAAAGAGCCAUGCGCCCGAAGAAGCUGCUGAAAAGACGGUACAUUCAAAGAGCCAUGCGCCUGAAACAUCUUGA